CUGAAAUAAUUAAGGAAAUGGAGAUAGAGCUCAACCAUGGCAGCAGCGGCAGUGGCGAUGGUGGUUUCAGUCUGGGAAGGAGGGAAGAAGGGGAAGAUAUGUAUUUGGUUUGGGAAGAGCUGAGUGCUGUGGUGGUAGCUCGCAGUAGCUGUGGUGGGAUAUUUCACAAGAGGCUGCUGAAUGGGUUAAGUGGGUAUGCUCAUCCUGGCACCCUCUUGGCCAUUAUGGGUCCAUCUGGCUCUGGCAAAUCUACCCUUCUCAACUCUCUCGCUGGUAGACAGUCUGGAAAUGUCAUGGUGACUGGAAAUAUUCUUCUUAAUGGGAAGAAGAGGAGGCUGGAUUAUGGUGUUGCUGCUUAUGUGACACAAGAGGAUACACUGUUAGGAACUCUCACUGUUAAAGAAACUAUUGCUUACUCAGCCCAUUUGAGGCUUCCAACUACCAUGACCAGAGAAGAGGUCAAUAAAACAGUAAAUGAAGUAAUUCAAGAAAUGGGUCUCCAAGAUUGCGCUGAUCUGUUAAUUGGAAACUGGCAUUUAAGGGGUAUAAGUGGUGGGGAGAAGAGAAGACUGAGCAUUGCACUAGAAAUCCUCACAAAACCCAAUCUCUUGUUUCUGGAUGAACCCACUAGUGGCCUUGAUGCUGCUUCGGCUUUCUUUGUGAUUCAGAUUCUUAGAAAUGUUGCUUUUAAUGGAAGAACAGUCAUCCUUUCGAUUCACCAGCCAUCUAGUGAAGUUUUUGAGCUCUUUGACAACCUUUUUUUACUAGCUGGUGGUGAAACUGUCUACUUUGGAGGAGCAAAGAUGGCAUUGCAGUUCUUCGCCGAAACUGGAUUUCCAUGUCCAAGUAGAAGAAAUCCUUCUGAUCAUUUCCUUCGAUUUAUCAAUUCAGACUUUGACAAUGUCACAAUCACUUCAAAUGAACCUUUUAUGAUAUCUGAAAUUGAAAAAUCAUCAGGUUCUGUGAUGAAUUUGGCAACAGCAAAUAUAAAGGCAAUGCUCAUUGAGCAAUACAAGUGCUCACAGUAUGCAACUAGAUCAAAAGAAAGGAUUCAAGAAAUUUUAACCAUUGAUGGGCUUGUGACAGAAACAAAAGCUGGCAGCCAAGCAAGAUGGUGGAAGCAACUUCUGACAUUAACACGGAGAUCUUUCGUGAAUAUGCAUAGGGAUUUGGGAUAUUACUGGAUAAGAAUAGCACUUUAUAUACUUGUUUCUAUUUGUGUUGGAUCCCUCUAUUAUGAUAUUGGCACUAGCUACUCUUCAAUCUGGGCUCGAGGAUCUUGCUGUGGUUUUGUAACAGGCUUUAUGACAUUCAUGUCCAUUGGAGGCUUCCCAUCCUUCACUGAAGAAAUGAAGGUUUUCCAUCGAGAGAGACUCAAUGGGCACUAUGGAAAUGCAGUGUUUAUCCUUUCCAACUUCCUCUCUUCACUCCUUUUCUUGGUUGCUUUGACGCUUGCUAGUGGGACUAUCACAACUUAUAUGGUGAAAUUUCGUCCUGAAUUUUCAUUCUAUGUAUUUUUCUGCCUCAAUAUGUUCAGUUGCAUUGCCAACAUAGAGAGCUGCAUGAUGGUUAUAGCUUCAUUGGUUCCUAACUACAAGAUGGGAGUUGUGGUCGGGGCUGGAAUGAUUGGAAUCAUGAUGCUAACCAGUGGGUUUUACCGAUUUCUGCCUGAUCUUCCUAAACCAUUCUGGCGGUACCCAUUUUCAUACAUCAAUUACCUAGCAUGGGCAUUACAGGGAGCUCACAAGAACAACUUGAUCGGGCUUGAGUUUGAUCCUCUAGUUCCUGGUGAACCCAAAGUUAAGGGGGAUGUUAUCAUCACAACUAUGUUUGGAGUCAAGUUGAAUCACUCAAAAUGGUGGGACUUGUCUGUUGUUGUGAUCAGCUUCAUAUCUUAUAGAAUUUUGUUCCUAGCAAUUCUCAAGUUCAAGGAGGGAGUUUUGCCAUGGUUUCGAUGGCUUUACAUCAAGCAGAUUUUGGAUCACCAUGAGAAGAAACACUCUUUGUUCAGUGAGAAGACAUAUGUCCCUUCCAAGAGGCACCAAAAUCUUCAUCCAUUGUCUGCUCAGGAGGGUCUCAACUCUCCUAUUCCCUAGAGCUAGAACCAGCUAGCAUACAACCAUUACUGCAAGUUAAGAAGGCACAGCUUAUGAUCCAAUGCAGCUAUGUGAUUACAUGUGGUGUUAAAAAAAUAUUUGAUACUUUUUUUCUGUCUUUGGUUUCUUUUUUGUUGUCUUGCUUGUAAACUUGCAUUAUGAUUAUGAUAAUCUAAUCUAUCACAAGCGGCUAACAAGUAGUAAUUGUUGGUGUGAUCUUGACA